CGCUUGAAUAAGCAGCUCUGUCAGGUAGAGGAACAAGGAGGCGUAUUCAGGAGCCUGCCCACUGUGACUCAAGUAUAUAAGGUGGAGGCUCUGCACUGGUUUCAUACAUCAAUAGAAGCAGUUUAGUUCUGGGCUGGCUGAGUUUUCAUAACCACUGAGUCACAACCUUCAGCUGCGUUUUCUCUCACCUACAGGUUAUUUCCGACUACAUUGUGUAUUAGUUUUGUCUAUGUGUGUGUGCACAGCUAUGCUCCUGCCUGAUGGCGGUGAUAAAGACAGAGAAGGAGGCAGAGGUGAGGAGAGCUGCUGUCCAUGUCAUCGCCUCGCUGCUUCGAGGACUUGGUGACAAAACCACCCAGGUUCUCACAGAUGUUCUGCUGGAUCUGUACCGGGCUCUAAAAUGGGCCAUUCGCUGUGACCCAGAUGAAGUGGUGGUGCUGCAUGCCCAGCUGGCUCUGGAGGAGCUCGAUGGCGUCAUGAAGAGGCUCAUCUUUCCUCAACAGAAGCUGGAGAAGAAGAUCGUCGUCCUGCCGUAGAACUCUGAGCCGUGUUCUGCCUGUAUGGACGACAGUGAGUCGGAACACUCCACCACAGGGACGCACUGUUGUUCUGUUCAGUCACUGCCAUCUGGUUUAUAUAUUUUAUAUAAAAUCCUGUAAAAUGAC